AUGUCUGAGCACAAAACUAGUCUUAUGUCAGACCAGUUAUCGAAACCAACUUCAGUUUUUGGUUUAAGAUUGUGGGUUGUUCUUGGUGUCUGUGUAGGGACAACCAUUGUGUUGCUACUUUUCUUUAUCACUCUCUGGCUUGCUUCCAAGUCCAAAAAGAGUACAAACAAUGAACCCAAAAUCCCUAUUGUAUCUAAAAAGAUUCAAGAAAUCAGAAUAGACCAAUCCAUUAAGCCUAAUUGGGCACAAAUGCAAACCCACCAAUUUCAAGACCAGGAAAUGAUUACUAGAAAGGAAAGGGGAGAUUUUUUGUUGCUUAUACCACCAGAAGAGGAGAGUCCAGUGAAGUAUCAUGGGAUUCAGAUUGACAUUGGUAAAGGGCAUUUGAUUUCUUAUCUGGGUUCUUCUAGGGAAGCACCACGUGGCGGUGGCGGUGGCAAUGGUGGUGGUGGGGACUAG